GCGACUUCACGCCUGCGUACUGCGGACUCAGCGCUGAUGCAAGAAAUUUUCGGCGCAGCCUUGUGGGACUGAUCGAGGAACAAAAAGUAGCCAGAUUUCAGUCACUUUUCAGCCCGCAAACAUGUCAGGAGACGAGAUGAUUUUCGAUCCCAACAUGACCAAGAAGAAGAAGAAAAAGAAGAAGCCCUUCAUGUUGGACGAGGAAGGAGGAGAGGGGAUGGGAGGAGAAGAGGCUAAAGAGGUGGAGGCGAAGGAGGCAGAACCAGAGACUGGCGAUGACAGGGAGCUGGAUCUAGAUGAAGAUGAAGGCAGGAAGAAAGUUUGUUUUGCCCUUCCAGAGCCGUCCGAUGAUUUGAACGACUUGAACUUCUUCAACCAGAAGAAAAAGAAGAAGAAACCCAAGAAAGUAUUUGAUAAUGAUGUUGAGGAGGGAUUAAAGGAGCUGAAAAUUGAAGGAGAGCAGGUAGAGGUGCUGGAGGAGGACAACCUGGACUUGAUGCUUCCCACCAAAAAGAAAAAGUCAAAGAAAGUGGACUUUGACGAGGGAGAGCCACUGGAGAAGGAUGACGCGUUGGAGGAUGAUGAGGGGAAGAACAAUGAUGGAAUUUCGUUUAGCUCCUCUACUGGACCAGCCUGGGCCGGCACCGAGAGAGACUACACUUAUGAUGAGCUCCUGAACCGAGUCUUCAACAUCAUGAGAGAGAAGAACCCUGACAUGGUGGCUGGUGAGAAGAGGAAGUUUGUGAUGAAGCCUCCUCAGGUGGUUCGAGUGGGAACCAAGAAAACCUCCUUCGUCAACUUCACAGAUAUCUGCAAACUGUUGCAUCGUCAGCCUAAACAUCUCCUCGCUUUCCUGUUGGCUGAGCUGGGAACAAGUGGUUCCAUAGAUGGAAAUAACCAGCUUGUGAUCAAAGGCAGAUUUCAACAGAAACAGAUAGAAAAUGUGUUGAGAAGAUAUAUCAAGGAAUACGUGACAUGUCACACCUGCCGCUCCCCAGAGACCAUCCUGCAGAAGGACACUCGCCUCUAUUUCCUGCAGUGUGAAACGUGCCACUCCCGCUGCUCCGUUGCCAGCAUCAAGACCGGUUUCCAGGCUGUGACGGGCAAGAGGGCGCAGCUUCGCGCCAAAGCCAACUAAAGACCACCGAAACUGGGCUCCCCCUCCUCUCUCGGCCUCCCCCUUUCCUCCUGAGAAGGGCCGAAGCUGGGGUCGGACGCCCCCUUGAUUUGCUAAAAGGACUCUCUGAAUCGAACUGUGGGAGGGUUUGGCUGUUGUUUAGUUGUGUCGUGGCCUGACCGGGCAGGGAGUGAGAGAGUAUCUAAAGCUGACAGAUGGGGUUCAGGCACGCGCAGAUGAUGUGUACCACACACACACACACACACACACUGUUGGAUGCAUUUGAUUUGUUGUCUGGCUGAUGAACCCUCCACCUCCUAGGUUUUUUUUUUUUCAUUUGCUGUGAUUCUUGAUUCCUGCAAGAAAACCCUGAUUUAACAUGGCUUUCUCAUUCUUUUCUCUCCCUCUCUACAUACACCAGACAUGAAUAUAUCUUUGGAUAAGGAAUACACCUCUCCAUGCAACCAGUCAAAUUAUAUUAAGCUAUGCUGAUCUGCGAUGACAGAGCGUAAAUUCUCUAACUGUAGCCGUGUGGCUCCUGUGGUCACCUGCUUAUUCCUAAUUUCCACACCGCUUAAACCCAGGGUUGUGUUUCUGGUCUGGCCCUACAUCCCAAAAACUGCCGGUCCAGAAUUUUCUGCUCUAGCUUUUCAAAGAUAGAAAUCAACAUCACCAGACGGGAGUCCUCAGAGGAAGAUUUGUUACUCUAACUAGUCUGUGAAGGGCUCAGGUACAGACCUGUUUUCGACCACCUUAUAUCAGGAGUUGACCUUAAAGUCAAACAACUAGGGGUUUAUAAAGUGAAGAGCACCUUCUCACUGAAGACUUGAAUAGAGAGGUUGUGUGUGAGACAGAUAUAAAUUAUACAGUGUGUUUAUGAGUGCUUUUGUGGCAUUGAUGAGCAGUUGUGUAUUUCGUUAUUUCUUCCUUUGACCUCUGAAGCAGAGACCAACACAUUGUAUCAAACAACGGAGAUUUGAUCUGAAAAUGAAUAAAAGUCAUUUUGUCAAGAAGAGCUCAUGACAGUCCCCUAACACAAACGCCCUAAAUGCUUCCCCUUAAAAACAGCCUCUGAGCUGGCUCCUCAGAUCAGUCUCCUCUAACAGGUCUUUAUUUUCAGCUGUGGUUGUAGAUAUUUACAACACAAGGUAGCUAGACUAUGACCCCAUUCAGUCCAAUGAUCAUGGAUGCUACAUGUUCUACAUAUUAUUGGCUCUGCUCAUGUUUGAGAAGAAUGUGGAUAAGAAGGUCUGGCUUGAAUCAUUUUAAAAACUUGGUUUUUACAAAAAUAAAAUAUUCUACUCUCUCUCUCCA